AUGAGUCGUCUACCACCCAAGACAGCAGACACCCACAACAUCGAGUUCAAGAGCCUUGCGAAGCGUGUUCUCCUAACGCCUACUAUAUACAUCCUCACAACGUUCUCAGUCGUCUGCGCCAUGCUCGAAGCCUUCGCCUUCCAGGGCAUGUUCCUCCUCUGGCUCAAGCACAACAAGUCUCGCUUCUCCCAAACCGCUAUCAACACGUACCCUCUCGGAAUUCAAGCUGUUGCGAUCGUCUCCCAGAUUUUGGGCGGAGCCUUUAUCGACCAUACAGGUCAUCGUCUGCCUAUGAUCAUCUUUAGUGGAGCGAUGCAGCUCAUCACCGCAUCGCUUCUGCUCGUGCGCAACCUUCCAGAUGCGGGAGUCUUCACAGCGCAUUACCUCAGUGGCACAAGUUUCAUCGUGAAUCCAAUCAUGUACGGCUGGGCCACAACCAUCUGCCAGCGAACGGGCGACGAUGCGGUGAGGGGUGUGACCGUGUAUACAAUGGCUAUGGGUGGUCUGAUCCUGUACACGUGGUGGGGUAUUGUUAUGUACCCAGCCACGGAUGUACCGUACUGGAAGAAAGGAAGUAUCACCAUGAUCGUGGUGGUCUUUGCCUUUAUUGGAUGGGCGUUCGUGGUCAGAUGGCUUGAUAGGAAGACGGCGAUGGCUGCGAACCGUGAGCCAGCUGAGUCUGGAGAGCUCGAGGCUCCGGAAAUGGUUGAUGAGAAGACGAAGUCUGGGUAA